CGAUUCUCCAUUUCCAGUUUUACUCCGACCCUUGCUUAAAUAGACAUCAAGUAAAUGGACUUGUCAGUUCCCCUCACCCUUUCAAUCCAUCAUGACCAUUCACCACAUAGUCCUGUACAAGUUUAAGCCCGAGGUGACCCCAGAACAGAAACAGAGCGUAAGGGACAGCGUCAGCGCCCUUCCGUCGCAGAUACCUGCCAUCCAAAGCCUUAUCACUGGUGAAACGGUGUACAACCAUCUCGGACACGGCUUCGACGAAGGGAUCAUUCUCCUAUUCGAGAGUCAAGCCAAGUUGGCCGAGUAUCGCCCACACAAGGCGCAUGUUGAUUAUCAAGCGUUCGCGAAACCUUUGCUCGAAGGUCUACUCAUUUUUGAUAUCGAGUCAGCCGCCUAGAGAGGAAACUAGUUUGAUAGGAUAUUGUGCUGCUCACCCAAGUGGUAGCUCAUAAUUCACCUUCGGAUCGUGACACUUGAAAUGAAAAUAUAAUGUUCAUGAUAUCGAUACUGUGCUUCGCAGGUGGCUGAAUCAACUGAAUCACAUCUUCCAAUCCAUUCACCUCAUCCAUGCCGGAGUGAGUGCCGAGAGUCAGAGCUAUCGGCCUGCCAUGAACGAAGUCGGAAACAAACUUGAUCAAGAGUUGAGAACAUGACACAGCAGAGCAGAAUGCUCGGAGGUAGACUUGCGAGUGAUCCGUCUCAGAUUGAGGCAAGCCGUCGAUAGACGAAC